AUGGAGGUGGAGGAGGAGGAAAGACGCUCUCCACACGAUCAUGUGGAUCGGUGUGUUCCCGAGAGCUUCUUUGAUCGCGUAACGCAAGGGUUAUGCGACGAUCUCGAGCAUGAGCGGAAUAGGCGUCUCCAAAUGGCGGACACUGCCUCGAAGCAUCGAGCUGAGUUUGCCUUUGCUCAGCUUGAGAACGAGAGAUCUCUGACAUCUCUUCGUGACGAGCUAAGGGUAGCUCGUGGGAUUGCUGAUCGGUCUCGGGAUGAGAUAGCUGCUCUUCAGACCCUUGUCGAUGCCCACCAUCGGGAGCACAAGGCUCUCUGCGAGAUGCUUGAGCGCAAGGGCGCUCUUCAUCGGAAGAAGCAGCGUACUGAUGGUACGGCUUAA